AUGAGCUCGUACAAGAACAGCGUCUACAUUGUUUCAGAGGGUGUGGCAAAACUGAAUCCUCAGAUGACGUUGGUGCAAUUCUACGGGUGUCUAAACAACAAGCAAGUACUUGUCAGGUCCACUGGUGCUGCGUGCGAUAUCCUUGUGGAGGUAGAGCAAAAAAUGACUUUGAUCAGCACCAUGCGUUUCAAAACGGACAAUGUGAAGGUAUACAACCUCAAUAUCGCCAACACGGCUAGUAACGCUGGCCAGGCGCUCGCUGUAAACGUCAACGCUACCAACUAUGGCUUCUAUGCUUGCAGUUUGACGGGGUACCAGGACACUGUGUUGACCGACAAGGAUCUCGAGCUCUACGCCCGCACAUAUAUCAACGGCGCGAUCGAUUUCGUCUUUGGUAGCUACGUGCAAGCCUAG